AUGAAAACUAAAAUGAAGAAAAUUUUUCCACAGAAUACUUAAAACUAUUACUCUGUACAACAAUUAGAGCAUGACAAUGGAUCUUUGUAUAAGAUGCACUAAUCCACAAUUUCGAAACCUCCACUUUCAAUAGUUCCAAGUGAAGCUAAUUAGAGCUACUAUUAAAUAAUAGAAAAAAAUAAAUUGCUGUAUCUUGAUUACUAUAGCCAAUAUAAUGAAAUGAAAUUCAUGGAAAAUAUGGCAAAUCUAAAGCCUAAAGCUGAAAAGUUAUCUUUAUUAGAAAAUUUUCUCAAUAUGUUUGAAGACAUGAUUUCUUGUUUAAUCGUCAUUUAAAACACUCUACUUCUUAUCGAGUUUGAAGCCCCUGAUUUUCCAUAAGUUUAUGGUUACAAGCCAAAUACAUUGGCUGAUAUUUUGAAUAAAGAUAUUAAAGUAAGCUUAUCAUUAGCCUAAUAAAGACUUUGGAGGGUUUGCAUUUAGAAUUGGAAUAUCAAUCUUCCCUUAGAUUUCUGGAGACUGUGUUGGAGGCCUUGCAAUUUAAUCCUGAAUAAGCAAAUAAAAUACAUCAGCUUGAUGUCAAAGCUUGGUCAUCAAAAUGCUUUAAUUAUCUCAAUAACUACAUAGGCAAUUCACAAAAAUCUAAUACAUCAUAAUCAACCCUACUUUGUCCUUGUUUUAAAUGACUUAUAUAUUAAUUUUAUUAUGUAAUUAACCAAAAAUCCAAAUCAAAACCAUCUUCAAUAUCACACCAGAUCCAAUUCCUUAAAUAAAUCAUGUUCAUCAAAAUAGCCUUCUGCAAAUUUACCAAUAUUACUUCGACAAUAAACAACAUUUGCUAAUCAUAAAAUUAACAAUGAAAAUGAGUCUAGUGUUGCAAACUAAAACACAGAAAUUUUAGGCGAUUUUCUAUUGCCAUCACAUAAUUACACAAAAUAAUAGAAUAUGAUUUUGGCAGAUGAAUUAACAGAGAAAGUGUCAUCGUUACGCAAUAAUACAAAUUUAAAUGUUGUUAAACAAAUGGUUAGAAAAAGAGUAAAAACAUAUCAUAGUGAUUUAGAAAACUCUGUGAAUUCAACUUAAAGAUUGAUUACAGAUCCUGGAAUAGUUGCUCCAAAGAAAUCUAAUAAUAAUCAAUAUUUAAUUGACAGAGAACAAGUUUCUGAGGAUGGGGUUAAAUUUCCUUUUAGACUAUUUAUGAUGAAUAAGAGGAGGUAGAAUUUGAUAUCUUAAUUGCUUACAAACACAAACAUUAACAAUAUUGGGCAUGAUAGUUAAAAUGAACUUGAAAAAAAAGACUUAGCAGAAAGGCUGAUGGCUUAAAUCAAAACCACAUAGGAACAGAAAUCUAAGAAGGCUUUGACCUCCAAGAGUUAUAUGAAUAAUGCAUUCUAUUCUUUAUUGGCAUUAAAAAAACAUUCACAAGAAGCUGUUAAAUUAAAAUAUAGAUAAAAUUUGCCAAAAGAUUCGAGAUUUUAUUUAAUAUGA